AUGGCGGCGGAGGAUCCAGCUUCGCCGGUGGACAAGGCAGAGGACCCCACGAGCGAGGGCGAGGGCGGUGCUGCGUUCAAGAGGGUCCCGAGGACGCCCGCGGAGGCCAUCCGCUUCGCGGCGCAGUCCGCCGAGGAGAAGGAGGCCACCGCGGCCCUGUUGGCGCAUCGGCAGCCUCGCGACAAGGACCAGGCCACCCGGCUGCUCAUGAUGAGCGGCAUCCGGGCGAACAAGUUCUGCCAGGCGCUCGACGAGCAGAGCGUGAACGACCUGUGGGACGGCAUGGAGCACUUUGUCUUCGAGGCCGGCGAGACGAUCAUCAAGCAGGGCGAGAGGGGCCACCAUUUCUUCGUGUGCCAGGAGGGCGACCUCACCGUAGACGUGGGGGGGACUGCCGCCAAGAACCUGGAACCUGGCAGCGCAUUCGGCGGCAUCUCCCUCCUGUACAACUGCCCGCGCACGGCGACCGUGACGGCGAAGUCGAAGGCCAGGUUGUGGGGCGUCGACGGGGAGGUGUUUAGGAGAAUCUUGAAGGAGCACUCUCAAAAGAACGCCGCCGAGAACAGGAAGUUCCUGGACGCCCUGCAGAUCUUCAGCGGCCUCGACUCCUCCCAGAAGGACAGAAUAGGGGAGCUGGCCCUCUACAGUGAGGCUCACGAGGCAGGGUCCCGAGUGUUCAUUGAGGGCGAGGACGCAUCGGCCAUUUUUUUUGUGAAGUCUGGCGACAUGACCGAGUGGAAAGGGAGCACCGUCGGGGCCGAUGGCAAAGUCAGCGGAGGCACUGAGAUCGCCAAGUACUCCAAUGGCGACGUGUUUGGCGUAAAAAGCGUGCUCCAGGCGGGGAAGCGCGAGACCACAGUGGUGGCCCAGUCCAAGUGCGAGCUGCUCGUAAUUGGCGUGAAGCAGCUUAAAGAGGUGCUCGGGGAGGACUUCUUGUCAGUAUUGGAGCGAAGCUUCGUACUCUCGGUCCUGAAGCACGUGCCGAUGAUCUCACAGGCUGGCCUUUCUGUGGCGCAGCGGCUGAAGAUCGUUCAGACAAUGAUCAUGUCAAACGUUGAGUCGGAGCAAGUUGUCGGAGCUGAUGUCUGUUUAGGUGUCGUGAUCGAGGGCCAGAUCUCGGGCAAGGAGAACGGCGAGCCGAAGACGCUGCAGCGUGGGGACUGGUGGCAGGACGAGGCCCUGGGCAGCGCCAUACACGACGCCAACAGGGUGGCGGGCUCACUCAAGAUGAGUGAGCUCGCAGCGGGCAGCUCGGGCGCCAGGCUGGCCACGCUGCGGGCGGAGGACCUCGCCUCCGCUCUCCGCGAGUUGGGUCUGUCCCCCGUCGCCAUGGCCCCCGACGAGGUGAUCGGCCACAUGACCAAAAUCCUGAUGGCCAAGAAGGUGCCCAUCUUCCGCGGCAUAUCCGAAGAGCAGAUCAACCAGCUCGCGACAUCCUUGGUGCUGAAGCGGUUCCGGAGGGGCGCGUGCGUCUUCAAGCAGGGCGAGGUGGGCGACAUGUUCUACAUCGUCUCGAGCGGCGAGGUAAAGGUGCUCAUCGACGACAAGCAGGUGCGCCUGCUCGGCGCGGGCACCUGCUUCGGCGAGCGCGCCCUGCUCUUCAACGAGCGGCGGAGCGCCACGGUCGAGGUGGCCAGCAACGAGGCGGAGUUCUGGACCCUGGGCCGGCAUGCCUUCCUCAACGAGGUGAUCACCGAGGACAUGCGGGCAGAGCUGAUCCACCGCAUAACCCUUCAGGACGACAACGUCACGAUGAGGCUCCUGCGGCACGUGAAGCUGAUCGGCGCAGGGGCCUUCGGCUCCGUGCGGCUCGUCGAGCACAGGCAGAAGGGGGUGCGAUACGCGCUGAAGCGGGUCAGAAAGCAAAAGGACUCCAACGGCAGCGGCGAGCUGGUUGUCCCCGAUGAGGUCCUCCAGGAGUGCGACCUGUUGGCCUCCAUGGACCACCCGUUCGUGCUGAGAUUGGUGAAGUCUUUCGAGACAGCAAACAGCUUGUACAUCCUGACUGAGCUGAUCACAGGCGGGCAACUGUUCGAGCAGACCAACGAGCGCAUGGGGGUGCUGGGGGUGAAGCAGGCGCAGUUUUACGUCGGCUCGCUGGUGUGCAUCCUGGAGGCCGUCCACGGCUCUGGCAUCGUCUACAGGGACUUGAAGCCCGAGAACGUCAUGCUCGAUGAGAGGGGCUAUCUGAAGCUCGUAGACUUCGGCCUCGCGAAGAGGCUCGACCCCGAGCUGGGGAAGACGUACACGGCGGUUGGCACAAUGCUGUACAUGGCUCCAGAGCUGAUCCGAGGCAAGGGCUAUGGUUUCGAAGUUGACGUGUGGUCGUUGGGCGUCAUGUUCUUCGAGAUGGUCUGCGGCCGAGUGCCGUUCGGACCGGAUGCGGAGGAUGAGCACGAGCUGCUGGGUUCGAUCCUCGAGGACGAGCUGGUUUUCCCCGGCCGUUUCAACGACACCCAGGGAAAGAAGUUGAUCUCGGGCAUGCUCGAGAAGCAGCCCGAGAAGCGGAUAGGCUGCGGCGUCAACGGCUGGGAGGACGUUAAGGCUCAGGGGCAACCGUAG